GAGUACCUGAGAGAAGAGAACGCUUUCCUGCAGGAGCACCUUCGUAAAGCUAAUGAGGUUAAUUUAGCCCUUAAAGAAGAAGUUGGAAAACUGACAGUGGAUAGCAUGAAGGCCUGGGAGGAGCUGCCAUCGAAGGAGCGUGAUUGGUACCGUGAAUUGGAGGUAAGGAUAAGCUACGGGAGUGCCAGAUGUGAUGCCAGAGUGGAAUGAGAGCGCGUUUCAUUUCCAGCGUGGAGAACUUGCUGUGUGAAAGGAGUGGCUACAGUGAGGAUCUGUGUGUUUUGACAAGCAGAAGACAGGGGUGUGAGAUGGAGAAUCAUCAGCAAAUCCUGGUGAUGGAAGAUGCCUGCAUGCUGUGACCUUGCUGCUUGGUGUCCAAGACAAAUGCUUGCUGUGGUUGGACACUGUAGGGCACUCACGCAGGAUCACUCGUCUUUCUAAUAGUUGUUGAAUCUCUGUCUAGAGCAGUGGAGACUGGAGAGGUCUGUCUGUUGUCAGGUUCAGAGUAGUCAACAGAAGAAUGAGACAGGCCUCCCUUACCAGCAGCCUGUUGUAAGCAACUCUGACCCUGGCUUUGGAGGGACUCGAUUUUGCCUUCCUCUAGCAAGACUGUUUGAUGCCUCUGCAAGAGGCUGGUGAAUGGUGAUCAGUUUUCUUUGUUGAAAUCUGGUCCUGCAGAAGAAGGGUGGGCGUUUCCUUCUCUGAAGUGGAGUGGCAGGUGUGCUGAGGCUGCUUCUCUGGCACCUCCAGUUCUUGAUGCCCCUUCUGUAGUAGUUAUUAAAGAAGACCCGGUGAUGACAGUUGUUCUCAUUUUGGGUGAGAGUGGCUGGAAAGCAGCCAGUCAGAAAAGACCUGGGGUUUCUGGUCGACAGUGCCUGAACACCAGCCCACAGUGCACCCAGGUGAUCAAGAGGACCAAAAGCACCCUGGCCUCUAUCAGCAAUGGUCUGGCCAGUAGGAGUAGGGAGGGGAUCAUCACCCUGUACUUGGUGCUGGUGAUGCGGCACCUUGAAUCCUGUGUUCAGUUAUGGGCACCUCAGUGUUAAGGGGCUGGAACCUGUCCAGAGAAGUGCAAUGAAGCUGGUGAAGGGUCUGGAGCUCAGGGGUGUCAUGGAAAGUGGCUGAGGGCACUGGGGCUGCUUGGUCUGGAGAAGAGGAGGCUGAGAGGACACCUCUCAUUGCUCUCUGCAGCUCUGUGAAAGGAGAUUGUAGCGAGGGGGCAUCAGUCUCUUCUCCCGGGUAACAAACGAUAGAAUGACAGGAAACGGUCUCAAGUUGUGCCAGGGGAAGUUUAGAUUGGCUACUAGGGAAAAUUCCUUCAUGGAAAGGGUUGACAGGCACAGGAAGAGGCUAUCCGGGCAAGUGGUGAAGGCUCCAUUCCUGGAGGUUUUCAGAAACUGUGUAGACGUGGCACUUUGGGACAUGGUUUAGUAGGCAUGGUGGUGCUGGGCUGACAGUUGGCCUUGAUUGAUCUUGAAGGAAAACAUUCCUUAUUACAGAGUGAGUUGGUUCCUUGCGAGAGAAGAACUGGAGCAAUUGUACCUUCAGAGGGAUAUGCUGCAGCAAGAGAAACAUGAGCUUGCCAUGGCACUGGAGAAGGCAGAGCAGUCAGUGGCAGAGUUGACAGGGGCUCAGAAUAAGCUGAAUGCUGAAGUAGCUGAUCUACGUGCUGCAACAGCCAACAUGAGCAGUGUCAAUGAAGCUCUUGCAUCAGAUAAAGUGCAGCUGAACAAGCUUGUGCUGCAGCUGGAGCAAGAGAAUGAAGCUUUGUCAAGAAAAGUGGAUGAGGUGGAGAGAAGAAAGGUCUCUGAUCAGGAGAAGCUGCAAUUGUGUGAAAGAAUGAAUGAAGAGCUCUCUGCAGAGAAAGCCCACCUGGAGCAGCUGCUGAAGAAAGCAGAGGAGCAAGAGAAGGGGCUGCAGGUCGAACUGACAGCACUGAGGAAGGAGAAGGAAGAGCAACUCCAAGUGAGACCCAUACCCUGGUGCUGCUGGGUGGGCGUUUGUCUGCUGGGCUCAGUGAAGCUGUGGCUGUUGUAUUCUGUGGGGUUUUUGUCACGCAGACACUUGGUGGUGGUGGAGGGCAGGCGUCUUUGUUUGCUUCUUGUGGGAAAGGUGCUGAUGACUUGCAGAGCAGUCCUGCAAUUCUCCGAGUUGUCCUCUGCGUCUACAGAUCCCUUGAAUCCACCUGUUCUGUCCUGUUCUCCACUAGAGAGGCUUAGUUUUGGAGUAACUGGUAUGUUUGGCCAAUAUGCAGCAGAGGCUUGUGUUGACGAAAAAGGGAAAAUAUUGUGGUUAAUCUUCAAGCUUGCACAGCGGCCAGGUAUUCACCGGCUGGCAAACUGGACUGCCUCUUUGUGUAAGAGAAGUAAAGAGUGUUGUGACAUGAGGUGCUGAACAGCGUCCGCUGUCUCUAUGGGCACAGAUUUCUAUAAAAGACCAAAUGACGUUGCUCCGCAGAGGGGCUGUUCCCUGCCAAGCGUCACCUCAUUGUAUUCUGCAGCUCGAUUCACUGAAGGAGGUGACACUUGGUUUUUCUAGAAGAAAAAACUCACUUUCUUCAGUGAGCGAAGUUGCUUUUGGAAAACCUUUCCUGGAAAUUUCCAGCACGGAAAUAGAUUCUGAUAAAAUCUCAUUUGGUGAGGUGGCACUUGUGGAAAGUGGGGUGGUUUUGCCUGGGGUGCAUAGGUGUCUCCUGAAGGAGCUGUCUGCUCCCAGGCCACCC